CACGACAGGAACUCCUAUGUUUCCUUUUUUAAUGUUAAGGGGAAUGUUUCUGUGAGUAUUGACAUAAAUUUAAGGAGUCUCUUUGCCAAAUGACUAACUCUUGCUCUUGGCUCCCCAGACUGGUCCUGGCAGCAGUGCUUUAGCGCGCCCAUAACAGAAACCUUUGCGGGACUGGCCUAAACGAGGAUGCUUGUUGUCUCAUGUAAUGGGGAGGCUGGAGGUAGGGUAGGACCCAAGGGCAUGUGAUGAGCUGCUUCUUGUAACAUCAGAGACCUGUGUUCUUGCUGUCUCUCUGCCACCAUGUCGGUCUGGCACUCGCUUCACCGGAGGGCUGGCUUUUUCUGUGGUUGUCAGGCAGUGGUAGGAUGGCAUCAGUUGGCAGUGGGGCCCUCUGCUUUCUGGUUUGUCACUGGUAUGUAGGAGGGGUCCGUUCCUGCACUCUGAUUGGGUGAGCUUAGUUCCCGUUACCCACUCUGAACCAAUGGUUGACUUAGGAAUUAGGCCACCUCUCUGGAGCUGGGAAUGGGCUUUGGCGGGGACAGGGGUGGGGAGGGGGAAUGAAUGGGCACCUGUGGCUGGGUAGGUUUGUGAGUAAUGGUACCUGGCAUUUUUGAAGCUGACCCUAGCUUUACGUCUCUGAAUUGUGUCAUCAUUUCAGGUCUCACCAGUUCAGGAGUUCAUUGUCAUCUGGUCAGGGAGGCCUCUGAAGUGUACCUUUGGAUGAUGUUAUAGUGCGGGUGAUAGUGGGAUGGUGGUAGCAUUAACUUAUGGGAGAAAUAAAUGAUUUAGGUCUCAUUAGAAAAACCUGUUUGCUUUCGGAUAGACAUGUUUAAAUAUGUCACCAGAGGUGAAUAAUAGAAAACCAUUCUUAUCUAGUUAUUAAGUUAGCUCCUUGGAAUGUCUCGUGGAGGAAACAAAAUAAAAUCUUGUCCUGAAUGUGUCAGUAUUCGAGUUACUCUAUGAACUUGGAAUUAACAGAAAUUGACUUUCUUUCAAGUAUAAUUCAUGCUUCACUAAGCCAAAUAGACAUCCUGCCAGUUAUUUGGACUUUAUUAAAUUUUACUUUAUAUGUUGUAAAAAAAAAAUCGAGGUAGGCCUCUGCUGUGCAGAGUAAUAUAUUUGAUUAUGAGCUGUAUUUUCAAGUCUGUUUUGGAGUGAGGUUUGUCCUCAUGUAAACGCUGAGCGUUUGCUGGUGCAGCUCUUAAUGGUGAGAACGGAUGUUGAAGAAAGCAAACCCCAUGUGCCCUUGGUUUCCAGUGCAUGGCCCCUCCUGGAGGCUGGGUGGAGUGUUUCAGCUGUCUCGAAUAAGCUCCAUUUUGCUGUGACUGCAGCCCUUGUGGUUCUCCAGCUCUCCCCUCCGACGUUAGUUACAACUUCUUCCUAAUUAGGUAGCUCCUCUUCCUCUUUCUCCUCCUGGGUCAUGAAGGUUCCACACUCUCAGUGCCAGAGACCGGAUUAAUUUUGAAAAAAAGGCGUUUCACUUGAUUUGUGACAGAAAUAAGCGCAGAGGAAAAAAAAAAAAAAAAAGACAACCCACCCAGCGUGAAUGUGCAGUGGGAGGGGCGGGCAGGCUGGGUACGGGACAGGAUGCUUAGAAUCAUUCUGUUGCCAAGUGAAUCAGAGACUUGCAGUUCUCGGCGAGCACGGAACACACUCCUGCCCAGAGUUCAGACACAGUCAGCCCGCACUCUCCCCAUCUCGUACUCCACGCUAUGGAGCUUUCCGCAGCCAAAGCCCCGAGCGCUGCAGAUACGUCUGAGAUUGAAAUAAAGAAAGAGAUGAAGAAAGACCCUCUGUCCAGCAAAGCUCCCGAAAAGCCCAUGCACGAGGCGUCCAGUGGAAAUGCUUUGCUGUCUUCCGAAACGAUCCUCAGAACCAACAAGAGAGGCGAGCGACGGAGGCGCCGGUGCCAGGUGGCCUUCAGCUACCUGCCCCAGAACGAUGAUGAGCUCGAGCUGAAAGUCGGCGACAUCAUAGAGGUGGUGGGAGAGGUAGAAGAAGGAUGGUGGGAAGGUGUGCUCAAUGGAAAGACUGGAAUGUUUCCUUCCAACUUCAUCAAGGAGCUUUCAGGGGAGUCAGAUGACCUCGGCAUUUCCCAGGACGAGCAGCUCUCCAAGUCAAGUUUAAGGGAAACCACAGGCUCCGAGAGUGAUGGGGGUGACUCAAGCAGUACCAAAUCCGAGGGUGCCAACGGGACAGUCGCCACGGCCGCAAUCCAGCCGAAGAAAGUUAAGGGAGUGGGCUUUGGAGAUAUUUUCAAAGACAAGCCCAUCAAACUAAGACCAAGGUCAAUCGAAGUAGAAAAUGACUUUCUACCGGUGGAAAAGACUAUUGGCAAGAAGUUACCUCCCACUGCAGCAACUCCAGACUCGUCAAAAACAGAAAUGGACAGCAGAACAAAGACCAAGGACUACUGCAAAGUCAUCUUUCCAUACGAGGCACAGAACGACGAUGAAUUGACAAUCAAAGAAGGAGAUAUAGUCACUCUUAUCAAUAAGGACUGCAUCGACGUAGGCUGGUGGGAAGGAGAGCUCAACGGCAGACGAGGCGUGUUCCCUGAUAACUUCGUGAAGUUACUUCCACCCGACUUUGAAAAGGAGGGGAAUAGACCCAAGAAGCCACCUCCUCCAACCGCUCCCGUCAUCAAGCAAGGGGCAGGUACCACUGAAAGAAAACAUGAAAUUAAAAAGAUACCUCCAGAAAGACCAGAAACGCUUCCAAACAGAACAGAAGAAAAAGACAGACCAGAGAGAGAGCCAAAACUGGAUUUACAGAAGCCUUCUGUUCCUGCCAUACCACCCAAAAAGCCACGGCCACCCAAGACCAAUUCUCUCAGCAGGCCGGGCGCGCUGCCCCCGAGGAGGCCCGAACGACCCGUGGGACCCCUGACCCACGCCAGGGGUGACGGUCCAAAGAUCGACUUGGUGGGCAGUUCGAUAUCCGGCAUCCUGGACAAGGACCUCUCGGACCGCAGCAAUGACAUCGACCUAGAAGGGUUUGACUCCGUGGUGUCGUCUACUGAGAAACUCAGUCACCCAACCACAAGUCGACCCAAAGCCACGGGGAGGCGGCCUCCGUCCCAGUCGCUCACAUCCUCUUCCCUUUCAAGCCCUGAUAUCUUUGACUCCCCAAGCCCCGAAGAAGAUAAAGAAGAACACGUUUCGCUUGCGCACAGAGGAGUGGACGCGUCAAAGAAAACGUCAAAGACUGUUACCAUUUCCCAAGUGUCCGACAACAAAGCAUCCCUGCCCCCCAAGCCAGGGACCAUGGCUGCGGGCAGCGGCGGGCCAGCCUCCCUGUCCUCAGCAGCGUCCUCCCCGCUGUCGUCGUCUCUGGGAACAGUCGGACACAGAGCCAACUCCCCGUCUCUCUUCGGCGUGGAAGGAAAACCAAAGAUGGAGCCUGCGGCCAGCAGCCAGGCGGCCCUGGAGGAGCUGAGGACGCAGGUCCGGGAGCUGAGGAGCCUCAUCGAGACCAUGAAGGACCAGCAGAAACGAGAGAUUAAGCAGUUACUGUCAGAGUUGGACGAAGAGAAGAAAAUCCGGCUUCGGCUGCAGAUGGAGGUUAAUGACAUCAAGAAAGUUCUUCAAUCAAAAUGAAUACUUGAUAAAUGAAAUGUCGCAUUAUUCAUCCUGAGUCCAAGACUCACAUUUUCUGCCCCAGCCAAAAUAACCUUGUGCCAAAAGAUUAAAGGUUUGCCUCAACAUGUCCCAGUUUGAAAGAUUAGCACAAAAGUCUUGAUAGCACAACACAAAUUCCAUCCAAGAGGAGACUCUUCCCCAUGGUUAUAGCCCUGGGUCUGGCACUAGUUGUGACUUAGAGCAAAUUGUGCUAAAGGCUUUUUUACUAUGAGAUCUCACGCGAAACGAAAACUCAGGCAGUUUAGUCCAUAGUGGUACUAUUUUGAUGAUAUUUUCCAUUAAUAAAAUGUAAUUUUAGAUUAUUCGUUUACAAGCUUUAUAAUUUUAUGAUUUUUUUAAUCGUGUUUUGUCACAGGUUCCCCUCCCCCGCCCAGUGUUUGUAUUACACAUAGUCCGGAGCGAGUGUCCCACUCUUUGGCUUUAGGCAGAAAGCUGCCUCGCUUUGUGUCCCCCUCUCGGAUUCUAUUACAUAUGCAAUUUUAGGUCCAACCUCUCCCUUCUCCUGCCAGCCAACCCCACCACCCUAAGAUAAAUUUUAGCUUAUAUAUGAUGGUAUAUUUACAAAAAGAGAAAGAGAAAAUCUGGUAUUUGCAAUGAUCUGUGCCUUCUUUUUACCACCCUCUUGAUUGGAGCUUUUGUGAUGCAGCUACCAUGAUUUAAAACACACACACACACACACACACACACACAUUUUUUUUUUUUAGCCACUUAUCAAAGUCUGCUAGAGGCCACUGUCUUCAAAGCUUCUCCCACCUAACCUAAGGUCCUAAGAGGAGACAGCUGUGAAGUUGGGCGCGCUCUUUGGUACCAGCUGUGACUUUGACGUUCUCCUAGUUUUAGGUUGUUCAUGAACUAGAAAUGUCACCCCUGCUUGAUUUUUCAUCAGCCAAGUUAAACCCCUGCUUCCUGUCCUUUGCACCUUUUGAGUGAACAGAAUAUGCAUUAUUGAAGCAAAAAUAAAUAAAAGUAAAAUGCAAAUGAAAACAAA